UGUAUUCACGCAAGUACGCUUGACCUUUACUACUAACCUGUGUGACUGGCAUAUUAUUCUGUCAUUAUGGGGGUUUGUAUGUCAAGAAAAGAGAUCCCUAAUGAAAUUUAUAGAUAUUGGUCUGCUGUAGCAUCUUCUCUUCGCCUCGGCUGGCUUGGGACGAAUAACGUGAGGACGGAGAUGAAAGCGUGCCAACUUGCUCUUUUCCCUAAUCUGUUGAACUCCUCAGCUGUAGAAGAAGAUAUACUUGGCCUGGAGGAACAUCUACGAGAGGGUGCUGAUGUCUCAAGUGGUGAUGAGCGCGGUCGGACGCCUCUUCAUGUGGCAGCAGGAGAAGGCCAUUUAAAUGCUGUUCGCUUCUUGCUGCAGCAGGGAGCAGAUGUGAAUGCCACUGACUGUUAUGAAGAAACUCCACUUCGAGAUGCCAUACGCUGCAAGAGUUUGGAGGUGGUGGAGCUGUUAAUUUCUGCAGGGGCACGUUUGGAAAAAUUCUCAGAGGAACUUGGGGUUGAGAUGUGCUGUCUUGCAUUCCUUGGAGACACAGAACAGAUGGGGGCGUGGAAGAAGGCUGGAGUCAGUUUUAAUGUUUCUGAUGCUCAUGGUCGAACUCCCUUACAUGUGGCGGUGUGUACCGAUCAACCUGAAAUGGUAAAGUUCUGUAUCCGCAAUGGAUCCGAUCUUGAGGUUGAAUGUUUAACACUACCAGAUGCCAGAAUCUGAAGUUAUACAAGCAUCCUCCACCUCAGCCUUGCACCCAUGCCAUCAUCAGCACUAUCACACAGUGUAAGGAUACCCAUUAUGUGCCUUUAAGAGGCAUAUUACAGGAGACAGUGUUUUAACAGUGUAACACAGACAAGAAUAUAACUAUGCCAUAUGUAUUGUAUUGUUUCCAUAUUAAAAGCUAAUUUCAAUCUCUGAAAAGUGAGUGGUGCAAAAACACACUGUAACAAAAUAAAAGGCACGAUAAUUCGGCAAUUCGGUGCAAGAUUAAGGUGAACCAGGAGAAUAAAUAUAUUGACUUCAUCAGAGAACCACUAUCAUAUGCAAACAAUUGCCUGAGAGUUAAAAUGAUCAAAACAAGAAUAGAUUUAUUAUUUGUAACAUGCAGUCACAUGUCCAGUCAAUAGAGCAAACUGACGGGCAAUGCGAUAGCUUUCAAAAGUACAAAAACGGUCCGAGAAGGAAGGCUGACAUUCCUGUAGCAUCCAAGAGCAGGAACUCUCUUUUUACAGAGGAGAACAGCAGUAUCAAACAUUAAGCAAAGUUAUUUUAAUGACAGCCCAAGAACAUUGCAUGCAUUUUUAUGCCAUAGAGUUUGUGUACAAAAGCAAAAAGAUUACAAAAAUGUCACAGGAGUGGCUUGCACAAUGAACUGUCAAGAGAGAUAAGGUUUCUCAGUUGGUGAACAUACAUUGUAGGGCUGUAGACGGUUCUCCUUGGAGUUUCAAUGUGUUUAAUAAAUGGCCAACCUCUGAAAUCUUAUCUCCAAUCUAGAGAUUACCUUAAUGAAUAAAAUCCUGGUAAUGAGGGAAAAAACAACAACUUAAAUAUAAAGUAAUAAUAUCUACGAUACCCACCAAUGGCAUGCUAAAUAUGCAAUAACACAGAGAGGUUAAAAUAAUACACUGGUUAUAAUUUA